CAUUUUUUUAAAAUGGAGUGCUGUUCCUUUAAAUCCUGCAAGAGAACUUGGCUUGGGAAGAGCAGCAGCUCAAGGUCCAGCCCCAGAAGAGAGAAGAGCUCCAGGCUCCCCAUCCUGGAGGUUUGCAAGGGGACAGUGGUGCCAGCUGGCUCUUGCAGGCUCCUGGCAGCAUGGCAGUAAAGCUUGGGACCUUCCUGCUGGUGUUUGGGCUCAGCCUGGUUUGGCCAGCUUCUGCCCACCGGAAACUCCUGCUGUUUCUCCUGGAUGGUUUUCGCUCAGACUACAUCAGUGAGGAGGUCCUGGCAUCCUUGCCUGGCUUUAGAGAGAUUGUGAACAGGGGAGUCAAAGUGGAUUACUUGACCCCGGACUUCCCCAGCCUCUCCUAUCCCAAUUACUACACCCUAAUGACCGGCCGCCACUGUGAAGUCCACCAGAUGAUUGGGAACUACAUGUGGGAUUCCAGAACCAACAAGUCAUUCGACAUCGGGGUCAAUCGAGACAGCCUGAUGCCCCUCUGGUGGAAUGGGUCAGAGCCCUUGUGGAUCACGCUGAUGAAGGCCAGGAGGAAGGUCUACAUGUAUUAUUGGCCAGGCUGUGAAGUUGAGAUUCUUGGUGUCAGACCAACUUACUGCUUAGAGUAUAAAAACGUCCCAACGGAUAUCAACUUUGCCAAUGCUGUCAGUGAUGCUCUUGACUCAUUAAAGAGCGGCCGAGCUGACCUAGCAGCCAUAUACCAUGAACGCAUUGAUGUGGAAGGUCACCACUUCGGCCCCUCAUCACCUCAGCGGAAAGACGCCCUCAAAGCUGUGGACACCGUACUGAAGUACAUGAUCCAGUGGAUCCAGGAACGAGGCCUGCAGGAUGACCUGAAUGUCAUCAUUUUCUCAGACCAUGGGAUGACGGACAUCUUCUGGAUGGAUAAAGUGAUUGAGUUGGGCAAGUACGUCAGCCUGGAUGACCUGCAGCAGGUGAAGGACCGAGGGCCCGUCGUGAGCCUGUGGCCGGCCCCUGGAAAACACUCUGAGAUAUAUAACAAACUCAGUUCGGUGGAACACAUGACUGUGUAUGAAAAAGAAGCAAUACCUAGCAGGUUCCAUUACAAGAAAGGAAAAUUUGUCUCUCCUUUGACUUUGGUGGCCGAUGAAGGGUGGUUCAUAACAGAGAAUCGAGAGACGCUUCCAUUUUGGAUGAACAACACUGGCAAGCGGGAAGGCUGGCAGCGAGGUUGGCAUGGAUAUGACAACGAACUCAUGGACAUGAGAGGCAUCUUCCUGGCCUUCGGACCUGGUAGGCAAGGAGAUUUCAAGUCCAACUUCAGAGCUGCUCCAAUCAGAUCUGUGGACGUCUACAACAUUAUGUGCAAAGUUGCUGGCAUCACCCCACUGCCCAACAACGGGUCCUGGUCCAGGGUGGAAUGCAUGCUGAAGGGUCAGACCAGCUCGGCUCCAUCUGUCCCGCUCAACUGCUACGCACUGGUCUUGAUUCUCCUCUUACACUCUGCGUAGUUUGACAUAAUGCUCAUUCCAAAACACUGUUGUAGCAAGGCCGGCCUCCAGCAUGGGGCGGUUUUCAUUUUCUUUAUGAAUAAUAGCUUUAUUAACACAAUCAAGGUCAUUAAAUUUGUAAAUAUAUUAUUCUUGAAUGAUUAUAUACACAAAAGUCCCUUCUUUUUCAAAAAAGAAAUUCUUAAACUCUUUAAAAGUUUGACAUUUUUAUCAUUUCAUUCCCAUCACUACACAGUUUUCUCCUGUCUUCGCAUAUGCUCGCUGAAGAUGAACGGUGUGAGCAGUGGUCUGGCCCAGCAUCAGCCAAACAUUACAUGGAUACCCUGUAGUCUUCCUGGGACCCUCUUAUCCUGCCUUGCCCUGUCAAUCAGUCCCUCUGUGUCCUGUCCACAUUCAAGGGCUCAUGCUUGGGAUCUGCAGCCACAAUUCUUUAGUUUAUUCUAUUCCGGAAAGAGAGGGUCAAGCUACAGGAAACAACACAUGCCAUCUGUUUCUGCCCUGGUGCAUGGCGUGUAUCAUGACACAGUCUCAGAAAGCACACAGGCCAGUAGAGAUCGCCAGUUAACCAAUUAAGGGAUCAAAAACAACUAGACAACUCAUAGAACUGGCAGAAGCCAUGAUUUCCUCUCUCAAAAUCUGAGCAUACAAUAGCUUCUCAAUUUCAUUGACUAUUACAUUGCAGGGUUCUGUGAGACUUAAUACACAAUCUCUCAUGGUAUAAAGCCUUGUGGACCACAGGCCCUGAACACUAAUGUAUACCAUACCGAUCAUCUGCCUAUCAGAUUCAUCUGCCUAUGACCAAUUACUUCCUUCAGACACUGCCAUUCUUUAGCUCUUGAGUCAAGGCACAAAGCAGGUAAAUACCAGAUAUGUCAGUAUAGGCUUAUAAAGGAAGAGAUAUCUCAGCAAUAAUAAUAAGAACAUUAGAAAUCUUAAUUAACUCCGCUGAGUAGUGGUGGUGCACGCCUUUCAUCCCAGCAUUCCGGAGACAGAGGCAGGCAAAUGUCUAUGAGUUCGAGGCCAGUCUGGUAUACAUAGUGAGUUCUACAACAGAAAGGACUACACAGUGAAACCUUCUGUCUCACAAAGAAAAGAAAAGGAAAGGAAAGAAAAGAAGGAAAAGAGAGCAAAAGAAAUCUUAACUUACCUAGGAAUAGUGAUAUAUCAAACACAAGUUUCAUAUUUCAGGAAUCUGCAAGAAGACUAUAAAAAGAGCUGAUUGUAUUUUUUUAUGGUGAGGGAGCAAGACACAUUCAAUAGAAUGCAUUUUUAAUUUUGAACUUGAACAUUUUAUCAGCCUAGUAUUAUGCAAUGUGCCACUGUCUCCCGAGGGUGGCCAGAAGCAGCAGCAAGCCACAGCUCCCAAGCAACCACAGGAUCCUGGGUGUAAACACACAACAUCCUAGAGCACCAUGUGUUGCUAAACUCUGAAGAUCUGUAGAGUGGUGUAUUAAAUUCAUUUUGACUAAAUAAUAUUUCAAAUUUAUGAUGGGCUUAUUGGGGUGCAACCCCAUCAUAAGUUGAGGAGCUUAUGAAUCUUGUUGCUUUGUAUUCAAAAUGAGAAGGCACUAAAUGAGUCACUAAAAGUGACACUGUGUUGGGGAAAGACAACAUCAGAUCUCGGAAGGAGGAAGCCUUUGUAUGGUGCUUGCCUUAGGGGAAAAAAAGAAAAAAAGACUCCCUACAGCACCCAGGUUUGGUAAAGAUGGAGUCGCUACAGUGUCUUGAGUCAAGAGAGCAAAAGAUCACUGCUUGAAAAUGGCGUGUUUACCCUCACAAAAGAUUUCUAAGGAUUUAUGUAAUGUGUUUUUAAAGCUCCAACAAACCAUGGAAUCAACUGGAAAGGAGGAGAAUCAGCUUUUGUUGUGUGGUUGAAAGCAAAUUAGUACUUUCAGAACACUGAUACGAGCUGUGGAAACAGACAACUAUUGUUCAAAGUUUUCUUUUCCCCUAAAGAAUGGUGUUUUGUUGAAUUCCAGGAAGCUGGCUUGACUUCCUUUACAGAAGAAGGAUUUCUGAGAGACAUUCAAGUGAUUAAAUUAAAAGUGAAUCAUUAAAAUCAAGAGGGGAUAAUAAGAAUGUACACAAUAUUGCCUUUUUUCUUUCUUGGUCUAUUCUCUCCUCUCCUUCACUCAUCCUUAAAAACCCUUAAGUUAUAUAACAAAAUUUCAGAGCUCUGUAUGAUAAAGUAUGAUUUCUUCAUAAGUAAUCUUGAAUGAAAGAAUGAGAAUAAGAUACCAAAGGAAUCAUAAGUAGAGGUCAGUAAUAAACUAAUGCAUAUAUUCUGAUGACAAUAAUUAGUUGGCUGAAAUUUCCCUCCGUUUACUUUUGCCUUGAAGCCUAAUUAUCUUCCCCAGUUAAAAUCUCCCACCCACUAUUAACCCUCUCUAGCCUCUGAGACACGAUGAGAUAUAGUAUGUUCAUGGUGCUAUGGCUGUAGACUUUGCUUUCUCUAAAUAUGAUGUGUUCUAUAAAAGUAAGAUGUUCUGGGAAUAUGCACACACAUCCUUCCUCCUGAAGUUUUCUGAGACUUUAGAGCUAAGCCCAGGAGGGAGAUAACUGAGUAGACCUACCACGGAAAAAUGAAAGGGACGUUCUUCAAAUUAAAGAUGAGACUAAGGGCUACUUUCUCUGCCCAUGUGCCUCAUCUCCAGAAUCCAAUUUAAUUAAGUUCUAAAGGCCUAACCAUAAAGUAAAAUAGGUCCAGGGAAUUCUCGAAAGCCUAGAAGAGUCUUAAAUUAUAAAGGGUCAAUUCUCUUCACUUUUAAAGAGACUCUAGAAAUCCAUAUUGGCUCAGAGUUCAGCCACAGGAGCACCUUACAAACCCUUCCAUAGUUGCAGGGAUAGGGCCUCAGACAACUCUUGUAAGUCAUAAUAAUGAAAGUUUGGGCUCACUCCAAGGAGACAUGGGUUUUGAUUCACUCCUGGGAUAUCUGAAUCCCUAGAGAGCUAUUUCAUAAUUAGCCAGUUUCUCCAGGGAUCAUUAACUGACACUGGCCACUGACCAAACCCAUCUGGGUCAAGCUUCCAUCCCUCCCAAACAAGGAGGUGGCCAGGUCUGAUAGUGCUCGAGGAGAAAAGAAUAAUAGCAAAGUCAGCUGCUGCACACCCUUACUUGUGGUUCUAGGAAUCCCAAUGGUGCUAUCAAACCAACUUGGACAUGCUUCAACACACACAGCUCUUUUGUAGAGUCUUCUGUUUCGAGUUUGUGUAAAUGUCAAGAGAUUUCCAAGUGUGAUUUGUAUUUUACCUUUUUAAGCAACUUGUGAUGGACCAAAGUCAGCUACUAUAAAUUAUUCGCUAUUGAACGGAGGGCAUAACCAAUGCCCACUAGUUAUUAAGUAUUUGAAACUUGGUUUACACUAAGGAGAAUAUGUGCUGCUUGGAAAUCAUAAAAUAGUACCUAGUACAGUGUCUUAAAUGUUUAUAUUUUGGAUGAAACAAAAAGAAUAAAUGCCAGAGGAAAACUUAAA